GUUGUUUUGGCCCAACGCGGUCUUUCAUAAUUUUCGCGAAGCGAGCCGAGUUUAACUCGACCGAACAACACUAAUAUCAUAGUCCUCGCGGUGAGCUGCCCCUCUAGUCCAUCUGCGACAAGUAUACAACACAAGUGAUUACUAGUCUCAGUUUCAACAAUCUUCCUCUCUGAAGAACCACGGUCUGGUCGUACUUUCAUCUUCACCAUGAAACUCACGUCCGCUCUUGUGCUUUCAUUCGUCGCUAGUGCGCAAGCAGCAACAUCGCAUUCUAGCAUGAUCCUACCCAGCGGAGUUCCAGCGUAUGUAGCUUUCCCUUUAUGCCUACUUCCCUUCAAACCAAAUCAAAACAAAAAUACUCAUGUACAACGACGUAUAGAUCAGGCAGUACGCUAUCCUCUCUCUUCUCAUUCCGAGUCAACAUCUCUGCAGAGCGUGUUUUCAUCCCUCAGCACUGCCAACCCUACUGGGACACCUAGUGGCAUAACUAUUUCCACACCUACUUCCACCAUCACAAUUACUCCCACCGUAACGUCUCCUUCGUCCAGCGGGUCUUCAUCGAGUACGACGAGCGCACAAGCUACGACAACCUCUAGCGCUGCAGGACGAACAGAAGUAGGGUUGGGAUUGGGGUUGGCUGGGGGAGUUGCUGCGGGCUUACUUGGGUUCUUUUUCUAAACAAGUACGUUUUUCGGUCGUGACGUAUGUAUUCAUGUUGAUCUGAGGACAACGUGCGGGGAUAAAAGUCGAGAGGUCUUACGUCCAUGUGUGCUGCGGGCCCGGAAAAGUGUUAAAUUGGUAUAUUCAUUUAUCUGAGGAUAACUACGGAUCGCAGGAUAUUGAAAUAGACUUUGAUUGACGCGCCUACAUAACUCCCUUAGGCCGUUUUACAGCGUCCAUGGAUGGAUGUUAUAUUCCUGUCAUCAGC